AAGGGUAUAAAACCCAUAGGCGGGGUGCGUGCUAGAUAUUCCCUCAUUAUCGCUUCAUUCAUUUCUUGCUUUGUAACAAAGUUUAUACUUCGAUACUAAAUAUGAACUCCUUUCUCCGAUUGUUGAUUCCUAAGGCGUUUGUCGUCGUCUUCGUCGUCUUCAUCUUUGGGAGUUCGAGUUUGUUGGGUGAAUUAUCGGACAUGGAAGAGGUGGUGCGGUGGGCUGGUUAUGGGGAAGAGAAGCUCUCCACCGUCGUGAUUUCCGGCACGAUCAUUUGCAACGCCGAUCAGAAUCCUUACUCCAACCCGCACCCUGUGUCAGGCGCAGAGGUGAGUGUGGUAUGUGGCGCGAAGAGAUGGCCAAGAGCAAAAGGUAGGACGGAUGGUUCUGGAAAGUUCGCGAUAGAUGUUCCUUCACAUCUCCAUGGCGUCCCCAACUUGGAAAAAGUUUGCCAUGUGAGAGUGGUUCAUCUCCCACCAACUUCUCCCUGUGGUAAAGCAAAGCAUAACAAUAAAUCCAUAUCGCUGAGCUCUACUGAUCAAGGCAUCCGCACCUAUACCACCCACAAUAUACAUCUCACUCCUCCUCUCUAAACUCCCUACAACCUUCCUUCUUUCCCAGCUUUACUCACAAAGUCACAUUAAUCAUGCACCCUACCUACAUGCUACAUAUAUACUAUCUAUAUAUCCUAAGGGUAAGGGAGAGUAGAGUUUAUGCUCCUGGUAUCAGUAUGUAUGGAGAGCGGUGAGAGUUGUCAAUUACAUCUAGUGAGUCAUGUACAUUACAUCAUACAUUCUUGAUUGACAAUGGAUCUUCUAUAUUAAUCUUCUAUAUUGAUUACAAUUAAUUUAAAGAUGACAAAACAUUUAUUUUGGUUAUUGUUAUCCAUCGGGACACUUAUUGUUUCUUAUUUAGACCUUUUGGUAGGAUUUACCAGCUUUUCAUUCAGCCCAGCCCGGUAAUAUAACAUUCUUGAGGACAAGUGGGCAACCACACUAACGGGUGCCAAUUCGGGGAUACGAGACGCGAGGAAUCCGGGCAGGCUCACCAAUUGCGCCUCUCUGAUACGGGGCCCCAGAUACCGAGCAGCCGAACAGACCAGCUCGGUAGUACCGAGCAUCCGAACAGACCAGCGGCCGAACAGACCAGCUCGGUAGUACCGAGCACCCCAACAGACCAGCUCGCCGAACCAGAACCGACAGCAGCCGAACAGCAGGAGACGGUACCUCGGGAGCCGAUGCAGGGGGAGAGUGGCCGUGGUGAAGAGUUGUCGACGACGAAGAGAUCCUUGAGGCCGAGAGACAAGCUCAGACCUCCAAGCAAGUUCAAGAAUUAGCCGUGUGUGAUUUAUUUCCUUUUGAUUUUCUUUCCUUUUAUGUUUUAGUUAUUGUUGAACAGUAAUUUAAUUGCUAUUGAGUCGGGCCUGAGUUAUAAGCCCCGUUCGGGUUUUCUUUGCGGUUCUUUCCCGGAUGCUUUAGGAUACGUCGAACCGCCCUAGGGUCCUUAGUAUAAAAUAGGGUAUU